AUGAGUUUAGAAAAUGAUGAUAAGAGAGCACGCACGCGAUCGAAGUCUAUCAGAGUGCCCACGGAGCUCAUCGGCCAGGAGGUGAGCUGUCCAACCCCAGGCUGUAACGGCUCAGGACACAUCCGUGGAAAGUAUGCAAGACACAGAAGUUUACAGAGCUGCCCGCUAGCAAAGAAGAGGAAACUUCAGGAUGCGGAGGCUGAGCAUCUGGUGUCGAAGAGAAAAUCCCAUCCGCUCAAGCUGGCCUUGGAUGAAGGCUACAAUGUCGACAGCGACGGCAGCGAGGAGGCUGAGGCGAAGGAGGAGUCCGGCUCCGACGAGUCGGAGGGGACGCUGGAGGAGGACGAGGCGGAGGCGGUGGAGCAGGAGGAGACCCGCAGCCCCCAGCCAGCGGAAGGUAGAAGCCCAGCAAAAUCAACCCAUUAUGGACAAAACACGGCAACAAGUACGUCUGGGCCCAGCAAGGCCAACUAUAGCAGCUAUCAAGAAAUAAUCGCCAACUCUCUCCUAAACCUAGGCCAAAUAGCGGAGGAAACCCUCGCCAUCGAAGGGCAGCUGCCUGAAGCUGAGCUGCAGGUCUCCAAGCCGGCGUCCAACGUUGUGCACCUGGUCCACGAGGACGCGGGAGAAGAGUUAGUGGAGGAGGAGUGUGACAAGGAGAUCAUCAUCCAGACGGAGGAUGCGGAGGAGGUCAUCGAGGUCACCAGCGAACGCAGCAGCGAGUUGUGCCCAGAGCACCGGGAUGAUGCGAACUGCGAGGAGUCCUGCAAACUGCAAAAGGCUGAAGCAGAAGAGGAGGAUGAGGAGGAUGAGGAGGAGGAUGAAGAUGAGGAGGAGGAGGAGGAAGAAGAGGAGGAGGAAGAGGAAGAAGAAGAGGAGGAGGAAGAGGAGGAGGAGAUGGCUCCUGAAGUGAUCUGCGAAGAAGCUCCUCACACUUCUCAGGAUACCCAGAAAAGCCACUGUGAAGGGCAGUUCAGCCCAAAGCCCGAGUACUCGGUCAUCGUGGAGGUCCGGUCAGAUGACGACAAAGACGACGACGCCCGCUCCCAGAAAUCAGCGGUGACCGACGAGUCAGAGAUGUACGACAUGAUGACGAGGGGGAACCUGGGGCUGCUGGAACAAGCCAUCGCGCUGAAAGCUGAGCAGGUGAAAAUUGUGCGGGAGCCCAGCCGGCUGCCAGGAGAGCAUGUAAAGCACUUCCAGGUGGACGAGAAACAGAGCAAACCGCUGGACAGCAUCCGAAAGAGCUACUACGGCAAAGAUCCCUCAAGACCCGAGAAGCGAGAAAUCAAAUGUCCGACUCCUGGCUGCGAUGGGACUGGCCACGUCACGGGACUCUACCCUCACCACCGCAGCCUCUCUGGUUGUCCGCACAAAGACAGGAUCCCUCCCGAGAUCUUGGCGAUGCACGAGAACGUGUUGAAAUGCCCCACGCCAGGCUGCACAGGACAGGGUCACGUCAACAGCAACCGCAACACGCACAGGAGUUUAUCUGGGUGCCCCAUUGCUGCUGCUGAAAAAUUAGCCAAAUCGCAUGAAAAGCAACAAACCCAGUCUGGUGAUCCUUCGAAGACCAGCUCCAAUUCUGACCGGAUACUCAGGCCUAUGUGCUUUGUGAAGCAACUGGAGAUCCCUCAGUAUGGAAGCUACCGGCCCAACAUGGUCCCAGCAACCCCCCGGGCCAACCUGGCCAAGGAGCUGGAGAAGUACUCCAAGGUCACCUUCGAUUAUGCAAGUUUUGAUGCUCAGGUUUUUGGCAAACGCAUGCUUGCCCCAAAGAUUCAGACUAGCGAAACCUCACCUAAAGCCUUUAAAUGCUUCGACUACUCCCACGAUGCCGAGGCUGCGCACAUGGCUGCCACUGCCAUCCUCAACCUCUCCACCCGCUGCUGGGAAAUGCCGGAGAAUCUCAGCACCAAGCAGCAAGAGGCCCCCGGCAAGCCCAUGGACAUCGAGGUAGAUGAAAAUGGGACUCUGGACUUGAGUAUGAACAAACACCGCAAACGGGAGAGCACCUUUCCCAGCAGCAGCAGCUGCAGCAGUAGUCCCAGCAUGAAGUCCCCAGAUGUGUCCCAGCGCCAAAACAGCACCAGUGCCACGAGCAGCACCAUGACCUCCCCCCAGUCCAGCCAGACCUCCCGCCAGGAUGAAUGGGAUGGGCCCAUUGACUACACUAAACCAAACCGUCAGCGGGAAGAGGAGCCAGAAGAGUCAGAGCCUGCCGCCCACUCUUUUGCCUCCUCGGAAGCUGAUGAGCAGGAAGUGUCGGAGGAAAACUUUGAAGAACGAAAAUAUCCAGGGGAAGUUACUUUAACCAACUUCAAGCUUAAAUUCCUGUCCAAGGACAUCAAGAAAGAGCUGCUCACUUGCCCAACGCCAGGCUGUGACGGCAGCGGACACAUAACGGGAAACUAUGCCUCUCACCGCAGCCUUUCUGGUUGUCCUCUUGCUGACAAGAGCCUCAGAAACCUCAUGGCUGCCCACUCUGCUGACCUCAAGUGCCCUACUCCUGGUUGUGAUGGCUCUGGUCACAUAACAGGAAAUUAUGCAUCGCAUAGAAGUCUGUCAGGCUGCCCUCGUGCCAAGAAAAGUGGGAUCAAGAUCACCCCAACAAAGGAUGAUAAAGAAGACCCAGAGCUGAUGAAGUGUCCGGUUCCUGGCUGCGUUGGGCUUGGACACAUCAGUGGCAAAUACGCCUCUCACCGGAGCGCAUCAGGGUGUCCUCUCGCAGCCCGCAGGCAGAAGGAAGGAUCGCUCAACGGCUCCUCAUUCUCCUGGAAGUCGUUGAAGAAUGAAGGCCCAACCUGCCCCACCCCAGGGUGCGAUGGCUCCGGCCAUGCCAAUGGGAGCUUCCUCACUCACAGAAGUUUGUCAGGGUGUCCAAGAGCUACUUUUGCUGGGAAGAAAGGAAAACUCUCAGGGGAUGAAAUUCUCAACACAAAGUUCAAGACCAGCGAUGUUCUGGAGAACGAUGAAGAGAUCAAGCAGCUGAACAAGGAGAUCAGUGAGCUGAACGAGUCCAACUCGGAGAUGGAAGCAGCCAUGGUGAAACUACAGUCGCAGAUCUCCACCAUGGAGAAGAACCUGAAGAACAUUGAGGAGGAAAACAAAAUCAUAGAGGAGCAAAACGAAGCCCUGUUCCUGGAGCUCUCAGGGUUGAGCCAGGCUCUAAUCCAAAGCCUUGCCAAUAUCCGCCUUCCGCACAUGGAGCCAAUUAGCGAGCAGAACUUCGAUGCGUACGUGAACACGCUGACCGACAUGUACACCAACCAGGAGUGCUACCAGAACCCGGAGAACAAGGACCUGCUGGAGAGCAUCAAGCAAGCUGUCAAGGGCAUCCAGGUUUAGUGCCAUGGGAUGGAGACAAGCAAAUGAACAGACUGUAAGAUGGAACUUUCCCUCCAAGUAUUCAGGUUUACAAGUUAGAAAACUUGUUUAAUGAAUGAAAAAAAAAAAAAAAA